AUGACGAGAGCCCGGUAUUAUCAAGCCUUACUAGCCGGGGCCGUCAUAGCUACGGUUCUAUUGUUCCUACUGGCCCAGGUUAUUCGUUCACAUAACCGCAACGGUUUCGCUAUCUUCCAUGGAGACCUUCCACCAAUUCCCGAGUUUGAGCCUAGCGACAAACCGGAACUGCACGAACCCACUAUCAAUGAACCAGAGUCAGAGAUCCAGCAAACAUCAACAAGCAAUUCUGUCCCAUCUGAAACACCCUCGAAACAAUGGGAUGACUCUUGGAACGAUAAGAACUUUUGGCCUAACAUUUCCAAGUCGGCGCAGACUCCUGCAUCCGUAUCUACAGGCUGGACUCUCCCGACGAAUCACAUCUCGCACACCGCGGUUGAGAAGUACGUCCGUUCAAUUCUAGACUUUGAGAAUGACUCGCCCCCCGGGUUCGAGCGUGUAUCUUGCCCCUCAAAGAUUGGAUCCCGAUACAGUCUACUGCGAGCCCAGGCAGCAGGCAGCGGCCAGGUGCAAUACUUCUUCGCGCUGAGCCUACGCCAAUCUACCGGGAUCAUCUCUCGUCUGAUGAGCAGUAUCAUCGAAGCAAUGCGAUUCCUCGGACCAGAACAUUGCGCGAUUUCAAUCGUGGAAGGCCGGUCAGACGACGGAACGUAUGAGAUCCUUGCAGCGCUCAAGAUGCAUGUCGAAGCUAUGGGUGCGCAAUUUUUCCUUACCACCAGCAGUAUCAAACCCAAAGCAGAAGGUGAAGACCGAAUCAAGCGUUUAUCCGAACUACGCAACAAAGCCCUCGAGCCCCUCAAAGUCAGUGCUGCCACCGGUCCAAUCAACGAGCUGGCUGGUAUGUUCUCGCCAGAUGCGCUUAUUAUUUUCAUUAAUGAUGUCGGGCUGUGUCCGGAGGAUAUCCUCGAAUUGGUCUUCCAACACGUCAACCAAGACGCGCAUAUGACCUGUGCUUUUGAUUGGAUCUUGGAUGGUACACUGUUCCACGAUGUUUGGGUCUCGCGCUCGCUGGUCGGGAAUACAUUCUUUGAAAUCCCGCACGAUGGCUCGUGGUCUUACAGCCAAGAUCUCUUUUUUGAUGAUCCGGAUGGAAGGCGCCGGUUCGAUGAGUUCCAGCCUUUCCAGGUAUACUCAUGCUGGGGAGGGAUGGCUGUUCUAGAUGCGGCGCCAUUUGCUGAGGGUGUGGUUAGUUUCCGGUCUUCGAAGCCUGGAGAGUGCUUGAUGGGGGAGCCGAUGUUGCUGGCGAAGGACCUUUAUCGGCGAGGGCGGGGCAAGAUUCUCGCUGUGCCGGCGGUUAAUCUUGCUUAUUCGGAUAAUGAGGCAGUUGGCACGAAGGAUGUGCGAGGCUACGUGCAUGACCAUAUUAAUGUAUCCAAGUCCAAGUUGGAUCAAGAGGAGAUUGUUAGUUGGCAGCGUGCGCCGCCUGCGAUGGUCAAGUGCCUUCCCACUUUUGAUAAUCCGAGUUGGGUUGAACCAACAUAG